CUCGCAAAGAUCUUUUAGUGGUCAUCAAAAUCCGCCGCAAAGCCGCUGCCGCAGGCUGGAGUAGUCACCCCAUGAACCAACAUCGAUGAUAGAGCACACCAUCACCACCUCAUCAACGAGAGCCCUACCCAAUCUGGUCGGCCCAGUAGACCAUACCGCCGAAGGGCGGAUUUGCGUACGAUGGCGUAUUCGUGUCCAAGUGCACUGUAACUGCAACACACCAUUGGAUCCACGCUGGUGUAUUGGAUUUGGGCAAACCAUGCACGCACGGAGGCGCCACCAGGAGGUGCACACCAGUGACGCACCAGGGCUGGAAUGGGACAUGUAGCUCCGCUGGCAACAACACCAAGGAGGAACCCAAGCCAAAGUGUCCAGCGGCCCUUGGUGAGGAGUCCCACGGCUGGGGAAGUACACCGAACCGGCGGCAGCGCAUACCCGGCGUGGCGAGGUAAGAUCCAUAUAGGGGCAGAUCUGAGCGGGAGCAGGAAGGGCGCGCACAAGAACCCGCCGCCUCGAACCACCGGCCAAAGACGGCGAGGGGAGAAAGGGGUGGCGUGGACCUGGAGCGACGGCGGCGGAGCCACCCGACCCGAGUCGACGCGAUCCCUUUUUUUCUAAGACGUCGAGCAUCGAGCACCUCAUCCGUCAGGAGCCAGGAGCCUUCAUAUCACCUAUCUGGAACAAAGCUUUGCGAACAUCUUCUCUGGCAUACUCAGCCAAAAGCAUAUUAUUCAUUUCACUAGACACCAAAGGUCUUAUAGAAUUUAACAUGUCCUGAUCCGCCACAACCGAAGUAGAUGUGAGACCUUGAAAGUAGUCCCUAAUCAGAGGCUUAAGAUUAUCCUUACGUUCUACCCAACAAUCAUUACUAUUUUUAAGCUGCUUGAUUAAAUUCCUGCGCCGACGUGCCGAAGCAAACUGAUGAAAGUAGACUGUAUUCUGGUCGACCCGGUGUAGCCAAUUUACUUUUCCUCUUUGUGCACAGUAUAUUUCAUCUUGUUCAAGCAGGUUCUCUAUAAAAAGAGAUAAUUCCUUUUGCUUCAUCCGCACCUUUGAUGUUGGGCUAGCCUUCAUAAGUGCCUCAAGCUCACGAUGUGCAUUCCUGAGAACAUCUCCAACAGCGGCCGCAAAAACCCCCCGCGCGCGGUAAACUACCAUUUUAGUGCGCGGGACGUUUUCGCGCGCUCCAGCGGAGGCGGGAAACUCGCGCGCGGGAAAAAGCGGGAGGUCGCGCGCUAGAUUUGGCGCACCGCUUCCGGCGCGCCUAUAAAUUGUUGCGCGCGCCACGCGGCCUCCCAUCGCUAUCCACAUUGCCACACGCUCUCUCCCCGCUUCCUCUGCUUCCUCUGCCGCUUCCUCGCCCCGCCACCGAUACGCCAGCAUGCCGCCGCGCCGCCGGGAAUCUUCGGGCUACCGUGGUGUCCGUGAGCACCCCUCCGGUGCCUUCUACGGUGAGAUUCGGUCCGGCGACGUCCGCCUCGGCCUCGGCACGUUCGAGACCACGCACGAGGCCGCCCGCGUAUACGACGCGGCGGCGUGGAGCCUCCAGAGGCCUCGCGCGCAGAUGAACUUUCAGGACGUCUGGACGUGCGAGCAGGCGCAGGCCGUCGCCCCUCCGCCUCGUCUUAUAACAGACCAGGACUGUGAGGAACACCGUUGGCGGCAGCGCCGCCUCCUCAUCGUCGAGGAGGACAAGCGAGCCAUGGCGGAGUGGCGCCAGCGCCACCGGAGGACGUCGCCAACGAGAACGCCUUCUGGGCAGAGAGGACGGCAAGGCGCCGCGCAGAGCGGGCGGACAGGCAUCGGCGGAAGGCACUGGCCAUAUCGCAGUUUGAUCUCGUUAACGCAGGUGGGGAGUCGUUCUUUGACUCAGACGAUCCUUGUUGGGAAGAUGCGUGGCUCGAUACCUCGGACAACACCAGCGAGAAUGAUGAUGAUGAUGAGGACGACUCGGAGUAGGUUCUAGUUGCACCGUAGUUUUUAUCUAGUUGCACCGUAGUUUUUUUUCGUGUUGGACUAGUUUUUUUUAUCUAUCUAUGCUAUGAUGAACUGUGUACGCAUUGUGAAAUAUCUAUGUAUCGUUUUUUUAUCUAUUUUAAUCUAUGCAUAUUUUUUUAUAUGAGUGCAUAU